AUGGCAACCGAAACAAAUGACAGCACCGCUCCGCCUAAGGAGAUGGACGUCGACGUUGACGCAGAAAUGGAAGACACGCAAGACACUGCAACAGCGACCGCCACCGACGCCGCCACCACAGGAGCCGCUGGCGGCAGCGGGAGUAACAAUGCGCAGAACAAUGAGUUCUUAUCAGCGGCACUCGACAUUGAGUUCACACAGCCUGAAGCCCAGCCUGCAGCGGCGGGCGCGGCAACGGCGACGACGACAGGAGGCACGGGGGGCGUAACGGGCACUGGCCUGCUACAUGGAAAUCGCAAGGACGUGACGCUGCGCGAGUUCCUGAGCAAGAUGGAUGAUUAUGCGCCAAUUAUCCCCGACGCCGUAACAGCACACUACCUGACCCUAUCCGGGCUCCCACCGCCCUCGGCCGCCGACCCAACGGGCGCAAGCACGAACACGACACCGCUCCCACUGGCACGACUCCUCGCGCUUGCGACGCAGAAGUUCGUGGCCGAUAUCGCCGCCGACGCGUACCAGUACAGUCGGAUCCGGUCGUCGAAUUCCGCAUCGGCCAAUAACCCCCUCGGUGCGGGCGGCAUAGGUGCUGGUGGACCUGGAGGGGCGGCAGGCGUGGGCGCAAGCGGUGCUGGUGGCGCAGGCAAGGUACAGCAGGCGGCGCAGUUGGGUGUGCAGAGGACUGGGUUCGGUGGUGGCGGCCAGGGCGGGAGUGGGCAGGGACGCACGGUCUUGACUAUGGAGGACCUGGGCAUGGCGGUGCAGGAGUAUGGGAUUAAUAUCAAGAGGGGAGAGUUCUACAGAUAA